GCGUCAAUAUAGUUUAUGCAAGGUUUCGUCAAGUUUGACAGCUUCAAUAAUAGCUUAUUAUUAGAAAGCUUAUUAAGGAGCAGCAGAGUCAACAAAAGAGAGGAGGAAGAUGCUCGGAGUAGCAUCGGGCAACGGCGGAACAAUCGUGAGAUCAAUAUUGCGUGCUGCAAAUCCGCCGCUGCUGCACAAAUCGAGCGACACCGGGCAAUCAUGAACAAAGAUGAGCAAUACGAGGUAAUAGACGAAUGCACGGGAGAGAAAACGCCUGAAACAGUUGAAAAUACUCUGACAGAAGAUGUCGAGGACACUUGCCCAAAGACAGACAAUGGUAUGCAACAGCAAGAGCCUGAGACUAAUACUGGCGAUACAAAUUCUCGUAAUGACAACACUGAUAAACCAGUUUCAAUGGAGGUAGAUUGUGAUAAAGAAUUAAACAAUGAUGCUACUGAUUUUACUACUGAUAUCAACUUAGAUCAAAUAGAUACGCAGAAAGAUGUGACAGAUGAAGAUGUGAUGCAGCAUCUAGAUGUGAUAGAAAAUAUUGAAAUAGAUCCUGAAACUUUUGGUGUAGAUCAAUCUAUGAAGGAACAUAGUCAAUCUGGAUCUUCUUUAGGAAAAGAAGAGCAGGAGCAAGAAGAAAUAUCAGUGAUUGAUGAACCUAGCGAGCAAAAGUGGUAUGAAAGAAAGAUUACAGAGAAAGCUGCAAUUUUGAGAGACAGAUUGUCGAAAUUAGCUCGAGUGUUAUCAGUUUCUUAUCCUUCUUAUGAAAAAUGGUUAGAAAGGAUUGAAAAACUAGAGGGAUCCCCUAUGUGUAAGAUAGAUCCUCCUCGACGUUGUUCGUUAAUUAAACCACACACCAAUCGUUGGAAGUUUCUAUGUAGUAAAAAACAUAUACCAAUACCUAUAAAGGAAGAGAACGAUCCAGAAUCUUCUAAUAAAAAAUGUUUCAAAGUAGUCUGGUGUCUUGAACCAAUGGGAGCAGGAGGUGUUAAUACUGAUAAUUUGGCGGAUUUUCCAUCUUUUGUAUUAAAUGCUGUCAAGAUAUUUGAAGAUUUCCUUCAAACAACUAUACCAAGACAAGAUGCGAUAACUUUUAAUGAGAAUCCAGAUGAUCCAUCUAUGGAUGAUUCAAAAAAAGCUACAACUACAGGAGGGCAAUGUAACAAAAAAGAGUGGUCGUGGUUAUUAGUACGUUGCAAUAGUAAAGAUGAGCUCAUGCUUUUUGCAACUGGAAAGAAUAUUAAUCACACCACCAUGAAUCGUUUGAAGCAGAUAUAUGAGUCCGGUUCAGGGAAGAAUUGCAACGUUAAAUCCCUUUACUGCAAAUCGAUAAACAAAUACGAUGAUAGCGCUAUUACAACAUUCUUGACAGGAGCGCAGGCUCUAAAUGAAGUCGUGGGUAAUUUAAAAGUUCAGCUUACGCCAAAGACAAACUUUUGGUCUAACGCUGCUGGUGCGUGGAAUGUAGCUAAAACCGUCGCCGAUAUGCUUAAACCUACGCAAAAAACAACAGUACUCGAAGUCGGUUGUGGAAUCGGUGUGAUUGGACUUACAAUAGCAUCUAAAUGUCGAGAAGUGAUAGGAAUUGAUUCGCCUUCGGAGGUAGAAGAAGCUAAGAUAACGUGCAAUUUGAAUAAUGUGUAUAACGUAUCAUUCAUAGCGGGAUCUUCGUUCGAAGUCGUCCAUAAGCUAAAUGGUGCGCGUGAUUUGCACAAUAAAAAUCGCGUGACUUACAGCAUAGUCAACGCGAACACCAAUAUGGGAAGAGCCAUCGAAGUAAUGACAGCUUUACGAAAAAUUACUUCUCUACGACGUAUCGUAAUGGUCACCACACUGACAAAACAAUCAGUCCGGGCAAUAUUAGAACUUGCACGGCCUAUAGAAGGUGAAUUUAAUCCAGCUUGCCAUCCGUUCAUGCCAGUUCGUGCAUGUGUCGUCGACAUUUUGCCUAAUGGGCCCCAUUUCGAAGCGGUUAUCUUAAUGGAACGUAGAUUCAUGCAUAGACUCACGCAGCCGUGGUUCCUCAAGAUGCUGGAGGAGGAAAGUAAAUCGUUGAAUAACACUAAAGAAUUAGAGAAGAAAAUAAUCAUCAAUGACGGAGCUGAAUGUGCCGAUGUACAAUUAAGGAAAAAUCCAUUAGCGAAAAUUGAACUUGUGAAAAAAUCCAAAAUCUCUCUAGACUCAAAGAAGGCACCUUUCGCGAAGAGCGAUUCAGGUUCACCGGUGAAGGGUAAAAUAAAAUUGAAGCGGGACCAUUCGCCCGAAAUAAUAGAAAUACCUAAAAAAGUGAAGAAAUUUGAAAAACCUGGAUUUAAACCAUGGCAACAGGAUGCUGCUGGCAAGAAAAAGAAUUGGUUCCAUGAUAACUCGGCACUUCGCAUAAAUCCGUUAUUCGAGAAAAAGACAAUAGAGAAUAAAGAGCAAGUCGAUUUAAGGAAAAAAUUAUCGAGCAACCGUAUUGAUGCGGUCUUGAUACAGAAAGUGAAUGCAAAUCGAGAAAUUCUCGAAGCGGCGACAGAGAAAUUAAGCGGUCCAUCUCCUACAGUCGACCCAACGACCGCUAAGGAAAUAAAAAAUGUUUUGAGUUUGGUUCUCGAUCAAACCAAUAAGCUUCAGACUCAAUUGCCGCGUUCAGUGUGGGAUCGUAUCGCGCCUCCUGAGACUGAUCAGAUAAAGAAGGAACUCGAUGACGAUCCAUUAUUAAAAGGUCGAUUUGUCCAAGAGACCCGCGCUCAGGAUAUUGUUAUUACUGCGCCGAACAAGGAAUAUUUGGAAACCGAUGAGCAUAAAUCGAAAUUCAAGAAGUAUCACAACUUAGCACCGCUAGAGCCGGAUACGGUGAUGCCGGUGUUAAUAAAAUCCUCAUCCGACAACAGAGGUAGGCAACAAAAUCAAGAUUCCAAUUCUUGGAACAGAAAUAAAAGCUUUGAUAAGAGUCGCUGGAAUGAUGCGGGACCUAGAAAGCCUUCCCCGAUGAAGAGACAGGAUUUGUCAUUUAGACACCGAGCAUCGCCGUCAAAUAGAUUUUCACCGAAACGUCCGCUACUGUCGCCACCCAAGAGACAUCUUCCUCCGAACAGGCCGUACGAAAUACACGAUUCUCCUUCGCACCGUGAAUACUCUCCUCAGAGACGAGGAGCCUCACCUCAGUUAAGGCACAUGGCGUCUUCGUCCGGUGGUAGACUCCAAGUCUCGCCACCGAGACGUCCCUUUCAGUCGCCUAAUCGAGCUCCUAUGUCUCCGCCGAGACGACCCAUGUCACCUCCCAGGCGAUCGAUGACCGCCGGCCGGAUGUCACCGAUAGUGCGGUGUCAAAUGUCUCCACCGAGACGACAAAUGUCACCGCCGAGACGACAAAUGUCACCGCCGAGACGACAAAUGUCACCGCCGAGACGACAAAUGUCGCCGGUGGGACUGUACGAUUCGAGCCAGUUGUCUCCCAUGAGGAGGUCGAUGUCCCCCAUGAGGCGGCCGAUGUCGCCUAUGGGCCAUCAAAUGUCUACCGACAGAAGACCAGUCUCUCCUGUCGGCAGAAUGAUGUCGCCGUCAAGAGACAUGAUGCAUCCACCCUCCAGGCAUAACUCGCCCAGCAUGAGACGUUUCUCGCCGCCGAGGUGCCAGCAGUCCCCGCCUAGACGCCAGAGUCCGCCGUCGAAUAGAUGCGCGGACGAAUGGGACAUACCGAGCCGCGGCGCCAUCGAACAGAGCAGCACCUGGCAAAGGUCCAUCAACGACAGAUCCGAGAAUGUUUGGCGCAACGAGAGGCAAUCGUCGAACUGGCAAGGUUCGUCCAAUAACGAUAGAUAUUCUAAGCCGAGUAACCAAGAGAAGUCUUGGGACACCAGGGAUUCUUCCUCGUUCCACGGAAAUUCGUGGGCCCCGAAGCAGCCGCUAGCGAAAUCUGGUAUGAAGGAACCGUGGCAGGUCUCGGACAACAGAUGGUCCGGUUCAUCCAGGUCAGGAACCAGCGGCGAAACUUGGAAUCGCAACAAGGAGAGUCUGGGUGGUCGCAAGGAGCCUUGGAUGAUGAACGCGGACAAACCGCGAGGCUCCACAUUGUCGUGGAAUCAAUCCAACGACUCCUGGAAUCAAGGAGACAAGGACGAAUGGAACGACCUGCCAGAGGAUGCGCGAGAUCCCUGGGGCGACGAGGGUAAUAAUCUCGGGAUGAAAGAAAGGUGGAUGAAUCUCGACAAUCAGAUGGCAUCGUCGUCCAGUUGGUCAAGAGAGACUGACAAAGGGGAUUCGUGGGCCAAAUCCAAAGACAAUUGGCAGAACAAGUCGCAAGCUUUCCCGGCGAAACCAGGUCAGAACAGUGGUAAUCCAAACAUAAACGAUUCACGCUGGUUACCUCUGAACGAUGUGAGCAAGAAAGUGCCAUUAUCAUCCAACUGGCAGGGAGGUAACAACGUUGCAGCCUGGCAGCCAACGAACUAUAACUUCUCAUCGCAAUCGCAAUCACGGUCUUUUAUGGCCAAUCGACGUUAAAACGAAACGUUUUAAUGUUACAUACACCAAGUUAAUAAUUUAGAUUUCAUUCUUAAUUUAAUUAUCCUGAAAACUUUUCAGUUUAUGACACAAAGAAGUUUCCAUUUAUCUAUUGUUAUAUUAUGGUAAAAAGUAUGUGUUGAUGAGUUGGAUAAAAUUAUACAAGUUGCAGAAUAUGUAUGUUAAGAUAUAUCUUAGAAUAGUUAUCUCUUUAUUAAUUGUGAGUUGUAUUGUGAUUUCGUGAAAAUGACAAUAGUGCUUCUCUGUAUUUCCAUUCUCGUUCCAAGUGAUAUAUCCACAUGAUACACACAGUGAUACAUUUUAUUAUUAAUUAAUUAUUUCGAUAAAAGUUUUUUUUUUCAAUAUUUUCAGAUAAUUGAUUAUAUAUGACUCUUAAUUAUAUAUGAGAAACGUAAACAUAGAAAUAGGCUGUAUGUUUAUUAUGAUGAACAUUGUACAUACAUAAUUUUGCAUCAACAAAGUUAAGAUAUCUGUAUGUAUGUAAUAUUGGAAUGUAUCUCCAACUAAAGUAUUUCUGAAAAUAAAUUGCAUUGGAGUUUA